AUGUUGUUCUCGUUCAUCGGUUUAGUGGCAACACUAACCCUCUGGAGCACUAUUGCUUCAGUGCCCUUUACCGCCAUCACCCCGCGGGAGAGCUUCGGCCGACGUUUGACAGGUGCCAUCAAAGUCAGCCUCAUUACAACAGGCGCCCUCGAAGUCGCGAAAGCAGCGACACCCACCGUCUGCUACCCAUCCGCUGAGCCUGUCAAACUCGCCGAACGCCCCGAACCUCUCAACCGCCUCCCGCAAACAUACGAAGAAUUCAUGGCACUCCCUCCGAUCAACUUUGACGACUAUGGUGACGAAGACGAACGGCCCGCAACUCUCAAUGGACGACCAUUCCCAUGGCAUCUAUUGAAAGCGAUCGGAACGCCUUGUAGUUGGGAAGUCGCAGCCGCUCCAUUCCCAGGUGCCACUCAUACCAGCCGCGUUGAUAUUGACUCUCCCUGCAACUUUUCAGAGUUUCUAUCAGUCUGCGGCUACCUGGGACUCAUUCUCGCGUCACUGGCCCUUGGUCGGUGUUUAGGAGCAUACUACUUUGCACGUCCCGCGAAUGAGAUGGAUGCUGGCGAGUUGGAUCUCCUCCCUGCAGAAGCUUCUCCGGCUCUGCCACCCAGUGUGGUAUCCGACCUUCAGCGGGAGUUGAGAACGGAGCUCGUGAACGGUUUACCUCUAAUGCAGGACUCCCAACCCUACAUUAGUUCUACUCUUGUUCACCAGAUUGCCGAGGCAGCGAACCUCCACUCAACCACCCCGCAACCCGUUUACACCACCGAACAGCAGACUGGGACCCAGAGUCAGGCACUCGUGCUUCGACGCCUGGAGAACAUCUCGCCGUUCGUCCUGAUUCAAAUUCUCCGACUCCUCGUAUCUGCUCUAGAAAGUGGGAAUUUCGGUUCGCAAGAACCGAAGCCUGAACCCAAACUUGACCUGGCAGCUCCUCAAGGGGAACCCAAGAAAAAGCGCAAUCGACCUGGACAAAAACAGCGUCGGCGCAUGUGGGCAAGAAGUAUGAUCGCCUUACAAGAAAAAGUCAUACAGGAAGCUGAGGGGAAGUCACAGUCGUAA